UGCUGAUCUCAGCUGCAUACACGCAGCUGUGUACGAACUUUUGAAUUGAGUUAUGUAUGUCUUGAAAAUAAUAAUAGUGAUUAAAUGAAAAAGUUAGUGUAAUGCUGUAGUUACUAUAAAUCUACCACUUCAUAAUUCAGCAUAGAAUGUCCAUUGCUUUAUUUUCCAAAUAUAGAUCCUUAGUAAAACUUGAGUCGUCUUUCAUCAUCAAAAGGUGUAUAUCACACAACGAUGCUUCAAAAGCAAGAGAAAAACAAAUUCGUCAGUAUGUACUGUCCCGAUAUAUGCAGUACGUCCAACAGUAUGCUUCUGUACUGGAAAAUAAGUUUCCAGCCGCAAUGCGAGUUUACAGAGUGUUUACUAUUGGAAUCAAGGACUUUUACAGUGACCUGAAAGUGUUCUUAGCGUUGUUCCACAAGGUUAACUUAACCUCCAAAGGCCUAGAAACGUUGACUAGAAAAGAAUUGGAAAUUUAUCAUCAAAUGCCGAGGGAUAUGAUCAAAAUAGCACCAGUUUUGUUAUUAUCUGCUUUACCGUUUGUUAACUAUGUAAUGUUCCCCCUUGCGUACAUGUUUCCUCGCAACCUUCUGACAUCACACUUCUGGUCACUGCAACAGCGGCAUGAGUUUGCGCUGCUGGAACACAGAAAACGGCUGCGUCACUACAAGGCAGUGUUCCGCUCAUUGCAGUGGCAGGUGGACGGUCUUGCUGAGAACCAGUUGUAUGCUGAGUGGGAACAUGUGAUACGGCUGCUGGGCAGUGGACUACAUCCUACCCCUAGUCAGGUCCUAGACUGCCAGCCGCUGUUUGGAGAGAGCCCGUACCACCUCAACUGCUUAUAUUCUAGUCAUGUGAAAGAAUUGUUGAAGAUACACAGUAUGCAUACUGGUUGGCGUAGAAGACAGAGACUUGCAGAAAGAGCAAAACUAAUUCAACUUAUGGACACAGCAAUCUGUAAAGAAGGCGGAGUCAGUUGUUUGUCCCAAGAUGAAAUUAGAUCAGCCUGUUUAUUCCGAGGACUGAACCCUGCAAACAUGAAGAAGGAAGAUAUGGAGGAGUGGCUGGAGGGCUGGCUGCAAGUAUCCCAGUGUGUACGCAAGGAUAGUCGCUCUCUCCUACUCCACAGUCCAGUUUUGUUAGCUUAUAACCACCCCUCCAACUGGGUCCUACUACACUAAUGUAAUAAAACAGUUACCAUGUAAAUAUAACUAUUUAUUCCUA